AAGUUUCCUGCUUUUUGGUGCUCCAACCUCGUAAACCAGAGUAAAGUAUUAAAGCUCGUCUCUUUUUGCUUACUCAUCAAGUUAUCUACUUUUUCAGUGAUCAAUAGUUAAGUACAUCCCACUCUCAGCUUCCUCUCAUCUCCGAUCUUCGAUUCAUUUCCCAGCCAUCCACACACCCAACGAGGAUUGUCUGAGUACAUUCUUUGGGUUCUGGACAUCAGUUUCUGUUGAUAUAGCAUGGCGGAUCAGUACUCCAAUGAAGGUUCCAGAACUGGAAAUGUUUCUGGGGAAAGCUCAGAUUUGACUGUUCAGCUCAAUAUCAAGACUCUUGAUUCCCAGAUCUACAGUUUUCAAGUGGACAAAAAUUUAUUACAGAUGCGUGUUUCGUUGUUUAAGGAGAAAAUAGCUAAUGAAACUGGCGUCCCAGUUGGUCAGCAACGGCUGAUUUUCAGGGGAAGGGUCUUAAAGGAUGAUCAUCUUCUCUUGGAUUAUCAUGUGGAGAAUGGGCAUACCUUGCAUUUAGUGGAGAGGCAGCCAUCCCAGGCACAACCUUCUUCUGGUGCAGGUUCUGGAGAGGCAGCUGGGAGUAAUGGUAGUAGAGGGAGUGAUCCUAGUACCGGCAACCCUCGUAAUCGCGUUGGGCAAAUUUCACACAGUGUAGUUCUUGGGACCUUUAAUGUUGGGGAGCAGGGUGAAGGCGUUGUUCCGGACCUUUCCCGGGUUAUUGGGGCUGUUCUGAAUUCUAUAGGACUUGGCGGCCAGACUACAACUGUUGGUACUAGUGGCACACAGUCUUCUACUUUGCCAAAUGAUGCUGGCCAGGCUCCUCGAGGAAAUGAAACAGAAGGGAUACGUGGCAAUGUUGGAAUUCAGAUCCAAGCAGGAAAUCAGGCACAGUCUGGGCAGGCAUUUUCUGGUCAACUAUUCCAAUCUUUACCUCAAGUCGUGCAAAUCCCUUUGGCUACAGCAGCAGCACCUGUUCCUUCCCUUCAUGUGCCUAUUCCUGACUCUCUGAGUACUCUUUCCGAGUUUAUGAAUCGCAUGGAGCAAACAUUUUUGCAAAAUGGGUAUCAGCCGAAUCCAUCUUCAACCAAUGCUGGUGACCCACCAAGGGUGGAAUUACCUUCCAAUGCGCAGGGGAUGUGUACGCCUGAAGCAUUGAGCAUUGUACUACGCCACGGGCAACGACUUCUUGGUGGUCAAGCAGCUGCUGCGCUAUCUCAUAUUGCAGGACGCUUGGAGCAAGAGGGAUCUUCUUCUGAUACCACAAUAAGGGCCCAAUUACAGGCAGAGUCAAUGCAAUUAGGGCUUGCAAUGCAACAUUUAGGAGCUUGGCUUCUUGAGCUUGGUCGCACAAUUUUGACACUGCGAAUGGGACAGUCUUCAGCGGAAUAUGUUUUGAAUGCAGGACCUGCAGUUUACAUAUCUUCAUCAGGGCCUAAUCCUAUAAUGGUUCAGCCUUUGCCUCAUCAAACCAGCUCCUUCUUUGGUGGUUCUGUUCCUCAUUCAAAUCCCGGCCCUGUUGGUAUAGGGAUUACUCCAAGGCACAUUAACAUUCAUAUACAUGCUGGUACUUCGCUUGCGCCAAUUGUUUCUGCAGUUGGUACAAGGGCCGGUAGUGCAGAAGUAAUGCAGGGAGAACGUCAGAAUGGUGCUGGUUCUGGUGAUUCCAGUGCAACAAGGGUGCUACCUACAAGAAGUGUCAAUCCAGUGGUUGGCGCAUCACAUCCUAGUGGUCUUGCAGGUUCUGGUGUAGCACAACCUAGUCUAGGUGGCCAACCGGAGUCAGUUGUUCAAAAUUCUUCUGUUGAAUCUGCCGCAGGCAGGGAUGUGGGGAAUGAACAGCAAAAUAACAAUACAGUUAAUUCAGUCAACAGAUUUGGGGAAUUAGGCAAAUCUAUUCCUGGGUGCACACCUGAAAGUGAAGGUCAGAAGGAAAUUACUCUGAGAUCUGAUCAGAAGCAUGAUACAUCUGAGGGUGCCAAAGCUGUUCCGCUUGGUUUAGGGCUGGGAGGUUUGGAACGUAAGAGGCGAGGCAUGCAGCAAAAGUCAAAGGUCAUGGGUGGUGAUAGUGGGACUACUAGUACUUCUGAUGAUCAGAAUCAGCAGAUAAGAAAAAGCGGCCAACAGAUUUUGCAGUCUCUAGCAUCUCGUAGCUCUGUUGUAAAUAAUAUGAAUGCAAAUGAACGGUCCCCAGAGCAGCUACCCUCUCCAAUUGAUAUGGCAGGUCUUAUGUCUCAGGUCAUGCAAACUCCUUCGUUGAAUGGUUUGUUGACUAGUGUUUCAGAACAAGCUGGGGUUGGCUCUCCUGAUUUCUUGAGGAAUGUGUUGCAACAGCUCUCUCAGAGCCCUCAGAUGAGGAACACAGUCAGUCAAGUUGUUCAACAGGUUGAUAGCCAAGAUCUUGGAAGCAUGUUUGCUGGGCUUGGAAGAGGCCAAGGUGGUGGCCUUGAUUUGCCUAGGAUGUUCCAACAGAUGAUGCCCAUUGUUUCCCAAGUCCUCAGAGGUGGAUCAACCCACUCUCAGCUUUCUCCUGCCAUGGAAGCUGAAGCCCAACCGCACCAUAAUGAACCAAGGAUGCGCAAUGAUGACAAACAAAAUGAACAAAACUUCCAGACCAAUCUCCAACAAGUGGCUCAGAGGAUUGAGCGACUGAAUCCACCCGGAAAUGUUUUCCAUUCUGUAGUCGAAAAUGCAGUUCAGUUAUCUGGCAGAAGUGGUUCUGAAGAUCUUAUUAAUGAAUUGUGCAGCGAUGAAGGUCUUGCUAAUGAAUAUAUGGAGAUGUUGCGCCGUGAUGUUCAUCGACGACUUCAUGGCGAGUCUAGGCCGGACAACUGCUCACCAUAGGUUUUGCUGGUAAUUAUUGAAUCUGCUAGGGGUUUAUUUGCAGUUACUUGGCGUCUUUGUACAAUGUAGGUUUGUUAUAUGGUUUGCUUUUGAUCUAUAGUUGAUAUAUUUUGUUAAGAGUCACGUAUCUGGUUCAUAGUUGUAUCAAAUUACUAUCAGAAAUUAUUGAGUUGAUAAUUUUUUAAGACCAAAGGGAUAUUAUGCAUGAUCA